UACGACUUGUCUUUCUAUUCUGUACAAUCAUUACGGUCUUUUUCAAUCUUUUUCAAUGUAAGAGUCGUUAAAGACGGUUUGAAGCACAAAUGGUAUUACUAUUGAGGUUUGUAGGUACUUACGUAUUUGUCGAUUAUACUGGCUCUUCUUACUGAAAGCGAAUGUCUACAACACACAAGUUACAAGUGAAUUCGAAUAUCCGGUUGAAUAUGCGCUCGACCAUUCCCAGUCGAAAGCUUCUUUGGAGAACUCUUGGUUCUGCUGCCUGAUCCGAAAUUAUUAAUUCCGCUCAGCUACCCUUGCCGAAAUGCGUGUACCGUUCCUGAACAACCCGACAGCUGUUGCGGAAUAUGUCCGCGAUUCCCAUGAUGCGACGAAGCAAACUGAAAUCUGCCUUAUGCGUCAUAGUCUGUUUCUCCGUCCUAUCUGCGAUAUGGUAUUUCGCGUUUGGGAUAACCAAAAACUGCUCUGAAAACGCACCGGUUAACGACGGUGUUAAUGUGGAGGAGAAGUCGCAGAAAUCAGACAGCAGAAAGUCUGCUCUAAACAUUGGCGUGAUAUCGAGCAGAAGCCAGUUCCUGUUACAGGUUGACGGCAAAGAGAUCAUCAACGAUGAGGAGCCAAAGCGGAGUCGUGGAAUGCAUGUCGCGAUUCUCGACAAAACGACUGGACAGUGCACGGCAUACAGAGUAUUUGACACGUACCUCCCGGGAAUUUCCGACACCAUGUUGCUGCCUUUUCUGCUGAGUAUUCCGGAAGGCCGAAUAGUCGUUGUCGGGGUGAAAGAUGAAGGCUCUUUCCACUUUGGGAAUGCAGCACGAAAACUAUUCGCGGCGUGGGGUUCAAGUUACGCGGGAAAUCUGCAGUGGCGCGACAUGUGGAUUUUUAUUGCUGUCAAAGUACUGCAUGGUUUCAUCCGCCUGGGAGAAUCCUUUACGAAGGCACCAUCGUUCUCCACGUGGGCAUUGCCGGUUACGCUAGACUACGUUAUGGAGUUGGAUCCGAUAAUAGUACGCUGGAAUUGUUCCGGUAGAUCCGUUAAAAGGUUACGAGAAUUUUGCGAGCACACUGAUGGAUAUCCGGAAAUUUGCCACUGUGAUAAUCCGGAGCCGGUAACAUUCUUCCCCAGCCCGCUUCCGGAGAGAGCAUUUGUUGAAAAAGGGCGGUCGAUGAUUCCCGUAGGAAUUAUUGCUGGUAAUCGUCCGUUUUAUCUGAACACCAUGCUUCGGACGCUACUGAGUACUGCGGGUGUUGAUCCGCGGCUGAUAACGAUUUUUAUCGAUGGUUUAUGGGAUGAGCCAGCCAGAGUGGCUCGUUUGUAUGGGCUUUCUGCCGUGCAGCAUAUCCCUGGUGGUCACGGUAAUGCUCGUAUCUCGCAGCAUUAUAAAUCCAGUUUGACCACAAUGUUUGCCCGGCACCCGCUGGCAGAAUAUGCUAUUGUUCUGGAGGAAGACUUGGAAGUUAGCCCAGAUUUCUUUCAUUUUGUCGUCCAGACUGUACCGUUGUUAAGGGAAGAUGCGAGCUUGUACUGUAUUUCAGCAUGGAAUGAUCUGGGUUACGAGCACUCAGUAGGUGAUCCGCAGUUGUUGUACCGAGUGGAAACUAUGCCUGGUUUGGGUUGGGUUAUACCGCGCAAGUUAUUCGUGGAUGAAUUACAGCUGAAUUGGCCUUCACCGAAUUUUAAUUGGGACUGGGACAUGUGGAUGCGGUCUCCUGCUAUCAGAAAAGGACGAGAGUGUAUCGUCCCAGAUAUAUCUCGAACCUACCAUUUUGGAGCAAGCGGCUUGAACAUGAAUCCCAUCUUUCAGACCAUUUAUUUCGAGCGACAUGCCGUAUACAAGGGGCCUCUCAAGGAUUUACAUCUGACGGAUUUAACCGAAAACGGUUAUGAACGGAAGCUUCGUGAUCUCUUAUCCGUUGCAGUUCCUGUCAAUCAUUCGGUUUCGCCCUGUCGACCGGACUUUUUUCCUGCUGUUUCUGAUAAAACUUUAUCGGUUUUUAUUCGAAUGGAUAACUCUUCCGAUUUUAAGACCUGGUUAGAAUUUUGCCGGUGUUUGAAGAUUUGGGAUCUGGACCAGCGUGGAAGUCAUAAAGGAUUGUGGAGGUUUUUUUCUCGGCCAGGGCAAGCAGUAGUUGUGAUCGGUGUUCCUAGUUCUCCAUAUUCGAAGUUCCUGCCCAAGGGAGUGCAAGUAAUUGAUCUCGUUAGUGCAGUGGAAAGAUUAAGUUCCUAUACACAAGUUCCUAACUGACAAAGAGUUCCUAGACGGUGUAACUUCGGAUGCAGGCAGCUUUCGAUUCUUCUUUUAUUCCAGUUUUACCGCACAUUUUGUAACCUGGAAUAUUGCUAUGCUUGAACAAUUGCAGAACACUCAGUUUUGUAAGUCUUUGUUAUUUCCACUUCAGUUAAACUAAGAUAUGUACAAGUUUGUUGGGAUAUACUGUAACUCUUGUAAGUGUCAGACGCUUUUAAAUUGAAGGCAAUUUGUCUUCCACAGUCUGUAUUCAAUGGCAUAAAACACCAUCGCAUCGUUAUAUGAU